UCUUUUAUUGCAGUGGAAAAGACAACUCGGAGGUCAUAAUGCUAGAUGAGGAGUGUCAUUAUAUAUGGAAGUGAAUAUGACAAUUAUUAAUUUUAAAAGCUGAAAAUGUUAUGAUUUUGCUCUACAGGUUUUGAUGAUAACUCUACACAAGGAACGCUGAAUUUUCUGGCACUUCAGACAUUGAUUGUUGGUCGUGGAACCAAAGAACUACGGAGGUACUUUCUAGACAAAACUAACCUUACCAAACCGGAAGUUAUACCAUUUUUGACAAGGGAGAGGUAUGCAUUACUAAAGGAUGUUGAUUUUGGAGAUGAUUCAACAACAGUGUUUUCAUCAACCAGCAAUAUUGAUGCAUUCCAUAUGGACAUCAUGAUGAAGUUAAUUUGCUGCUGUUGUCACAACACUAAUAAUUCAGAAGACUUCUGGGAGAACCCUCCAGUUGUUGACAAUUCUGAGCUGGCAAAUCUUGUCCGCAUCUAUCAAUAUAAGAAAACUGUUCUAGACUGCAGUUAUAGCAACAGUGUCACAAAGAAGGUGUUUGAUAAGCAAUGGAAGGAACUCACAGCAAUUUUUACAGGUGUUGGAAUUCCUGUUGAAGACAUUGAGAAUUACCGCGACCCAUGGCAUUACAGGGAUGGAGCCUUGGAAGAAAUAGGUAUUGGGCACACUGUCAUUGAAGAAAUCAAGAAUUUCCAGGCUGUGUUAUCGGCUGUUGUUGAUGUUGGAACUGCAACCAUGAGAAAUUACUUAUUGGAGGUUAACAAAAUUAACAAGAACGAUGUUGGGAAUUAUCUACUUUCCGAGAAGAGAAAGGGUAGCUUUAAUAAAGUAAUAAAAAAUAUCAGUAGAGAGCAGAAGUCGAAAAUGUUCACACCAUCUGCUGACAUUGAUACUUUUGAUAUCUCCAUCAUGUAUUUAAUAAUUCGAAACUGCUCCAAUGGCAUUCCAGAGUCAUUUUGGAAAAAUCCAGAUAGACUGACUAACUUGGUGCACAUUCACGACUACAGGAACACAAAGCUGGCACAUUCUCCCGACAGUAGAAUGUCAAACAAAGAAUUUGAAAUUGAAUGGAAGAAAGUGAGAUCAAUGUUGCAUGCUGCAGGUGCUUCUUUAACUGACAUUGACAAAUAUAAGGCACUAAGAUUCAUCAACUAAAUGCAUAAUUCUACCCAUGUUGAAGGAAAAUAUGAAUUUUUGUAUGUUCAUUAAAUUUCUGAUCACUCACAUGAAAUGUGAACAUUUUAUAGCACUGAGGAAAAUUUCUGAUUUUGAACUUGAUGGGUUUAAGAAUGUUACAUUUUGGUGACUAGGGAUAGCCAGUCAUGAGUUUUAAAUUAGGCAUCCAUGUACAAUCUCAAUUUUUUCUAAUUAAAUGUUAGGAUGCCAACUGUAAAGUUUAGCCUAUGUCAUAAUUCAAAUAAUUUUGGACAGUAUUUAAUAUAUCAAAUAUACAUAAUAUUGUUUAAAUUAGUUAAAACUGUAAAUGUGUUUAUUAA